AUGGAAGAAAUUGAGAUCCCUCAAUAUUUCCUCUGCCCCAUAUCUCUGCAGAUCAUGAAAGACCCGGUCACGGUGCUUACCGGCAUCAACUACGACCGGGAAAGCAUCGAGCAUUGGUUGAUGUCGGCCAACGAAGCCACUACAUGCCCCGUCACGAACCAGCCGCUGUCAAAACACUCCGAUUUGACGCCAAAUCACAUGCUUCGACGGCUGAUUCAGGCAUGGUGCACGGCCAAUGCCAGCAAUGGUGUCGACCGGAUUCCCACUCCAAAAUCUCCUCUCGACAAAACCCAUGUCCUUAAGCUUGUCCGGGAUCUUCGUGUUGCUCAUUUGUAUGGUACUACAUUGAAGAAAAUUGAAGCUUUAGCAGCCGCAAGCGAAAGGAAUAGAUUUUGCUUGGCGGAGGCGGGUAUGGCGAAGGUGAUGUGUUUGUUGAUCAUUAGAUGUUUCAAGGAAAGGAGAACAUCUGGGCUUGAGGAAGCUCUCAGAAUUCUGCAUCUUGUUUGGAGUCCAACGACAGAAAUUAAGCUUUUAGUUAACGAAGACAACGAUUUCAUCCCCUCGUUGACAUGGGUUUUGCAAUGUGAUGAGAUUGAUAAUCAUGUCAUCAUCAAAACAGAAGCAAUUUUUGUCGUGAAAAUGGCGAUUGAAGUAGCAAGUUCAAGAAAGCUAGAGCGGUUGAAGCUUGAAUUCUUCCAAGGUAUUAUGGAGGCUCUAAGAUGCAAAAUCUCUCAACAGGCAAUCAAAUCCGCCAUGCACGUGCUAAUAGAAGCAUGCCCGUGGGGGAGAAACAGGCUGAAAAUCGUGGAAGCCGGCGCCGUUUUCGAGCUGAUCGAGCUGGAAUUACAAAACCCAAAUAAGAACAUCUCCGAGCUCAUCUUCAAUCUUCUGGCAAAUCUAUGCUCGUGCGCUGAUGGGAGAGCAGAUCUUCUACGCCACGCAGGAGGCGUGGCUGUCGUGUCGAAAAGGAUUCUGAGGGUUUCCCCGGCGACAGACGACCGAGCUCUUAAUAUACUUUCGUUGGUCGCAAAAUUCUCGGCGACAGCCGAAGUUCUUCAGGAGAUGUUGAGGGUUGGAGCAGUGACAAAGCUUUGCUUGGUGCUGCAAGCAGAUUGUGCAAAAUAUUUGAAGGAAAAAGCAAGAGGGAUCCUCAAAUUGCAUUCUCAUAUUUGGAAUAAUUCUCCUUGCAUUUCUGUGUAUCUGUUAACGAGGCACCGGAGGUAA